AUGUCGUUUAGCAGCUUCUACUCGGUGGUGAACGCCAUCAAGGAUAAGUCGGCAGAGGCUAUGACGACGCUGAGCUCCGAUCUUCAGGAAUUUAGGACCAUCGUGCAGGAGGAUGUGGCUGAGCUCAGCAAGAACCCAAAAGAUCCCACACAAUCCGCCACAGAAGAGCAAAAUGAGGAUCAAUACCCGCUGACGUCGCUGAAGAACUCGCUCUUCUCCUUCGACAUGACCAGCUCGCUUAACUCAGUUAGCAGCUCUGUGCAAGGGUCACUUACUUCAGUGCAGGGAUCUCUGACCACAGUAGGCAACAAGCUGACGUCGCUGAACGUCGGAUCAAGUCUCGGCUCGCUCGAGGCCAUGGGGUCCAAGCUACUCAACUCGGCAGACGAGUUCCUUGGUACAUUGGCGGGAGAUAACAUGUACGAAAACGACGAAGAGCUCAGUGAGAGUGAGCUUAGUGCCAGGCGAUUCCGGUUGCUAGCAUUACAGGAGGAUUCGGAGACAUACGUCGAGCCACCGCUCGACGUCGAGACCUUUGAAAAGUGGAAAGCUACGACGCCUGCUGAGGAGCUGGAAGAGAUCCAUAAGGAGGUGCUGGAGAACUACCCGACGGUCGGAGCCAAGUUCACGGAGCUGGUGCCGUCUUUAGUGGAGGCUGAUGUGUUCUGGGCGCACUAUAUCUACAAGGCCUCACUGUUGGCGGCGCAAGAGCAGCGUGGUGCUGACCUGCUUGAACACGCUCUGAACGAUGACGAGGAGGAAAUUGGCUGGGAUGUUGACUCACCGAAGGCCAAGGACGACGAGGGCAAGCCGAUUUUCCCUGACGACGAGUCGAAGGAGGAGGAGGAAGGCAAGACACCAGCUUCUACCGCCGCGAACGGCCCGACAUCCUCCAGCGAUGGAGAGAGUUGGAUCGAACUGGACGAGCGGAAGGAGUCGAAUUCGCCAGGUGCGUCGUCGAGUCUGAAGGAGCCGACCAGUGCGCUGACCGACUUGAAACUAGAGGAAGGAGAUGAAGCUGCCGAGGAGGACUCGCUGGACUGGGGUGACGAUGACGAUCUGGCGGUUCCGGAGGCAACAGCUACUGCUACAUCGGAAGCCAAGGCCCCUGAGGCGACGCCAGCAAGCCACGAGGAUGCCAGCAAACGUGGGGAGGACUGGGGCGAGUGGGAUUAA